CCACCCCUCCCCACCGCACCCCGCCAUCCACCACCACCACCACCACCACACUCCCCGCGGCGCCGCAUCUUGAAUGGAAACAUGGCGGUGCCGUCUCGGACCUGCGGCGCCUCUCGGCCGGCCCCGGUGCUGACCGCUUGCCCCUGGCCACGACGACUCGAUCGCCGCCGCCGCCGCCGGCUCGAUGCCGCCGCACCUCGGCCGCCGGCAUCCCGACCCGCGCGCUCGCCGGGGCUCCUGCUCGCGUCCCUGAUGCUGCUUCGAACGCUGCUCGCCGCCCCCGGCGCCUCUGCCUACAGCUUCCCCCAGCAGCACACGAUGCAGCAUUGGGCCCGGCGCCUGGAACAGGAGAUUGAUGGCGUGAUGCGGAUUUUUGGAGGCGUCCAGCAGCUUCGGGAGAUCUACAAGGACAACCGGAACCUGUUUGAGGUACAAGAGAAUGAGCCUCAGAAGUUGGUGGAGAAGGUGGCAGGAGACAUUGAGAGCCUGCUGGACAGGAAGGUGCAGGCACUGAAGAGACUGGCUGAUGCUGCAGAGAACUUCCAGAAAGCCCACCGCUGGCAGGACAACAUCAAGGAGGAAGACAUCAUGUACUAUGAUGCCAAAGCCGACGCUGAGCUGGAUGACCCUGAGAUUGAGGAUAUGGAGAGGGGAUCCAAGACCAGCACCCUAAGGCUGGACUUCACUGAAGACCCAAACUUCAAGAACAAGGUCAACUAUUCAUACACGGCCGUGCAGAUCCCCACGGACAUCUACAAAGGCUCCACCGUCAUCCUCAAUGAGCUCAACUGGACAGAGGCCUUGGAGAAUGUAUUCAUGGAGAACCGCAGACAAGACCCCACACUGCUCUGGCAAGUCUUCGGCAGCGCCACCGGAGUCACCCGCUACUAUCCAGCCACUCCAUGGCGAGCCCCCAAGAAGAUUGACCUGUACGAUGUGCGAAGGAGACCCUGGUAUAUCCAGGGGGCCUCGUCGCCCAAGGACAUGGUCAUCAUCGUGGAUGUGAGUGGCAGUGUGAGUGGCCUGACCCUGAAACUGAUGAAGACAUCAGUCUGCGAGAUGCUAGACACGCUCUCUGAUGACGACUAUGUAAAUGUGGCCUCGUUCAACGAGAAGGCGCAGCCCGUGUCUUGCUUCACGCACCUGGUCCAGGCCAAUGUACGCAACAAGAAGGUGUUCAAGGAAGCUGUGCAGAGCAUGGUGGCCAAGGGCACCACAGGCUACAAGGCCGGCUUCGAGUAUGCCUUCGACCAGCUGCAGAAUUCCAACAUCACCCGGGCCAACUGCAAUAAGAUGAUCAUGAUGUUCACGGACGGCGGCGAGGAUCGGGUGCAGGACGUCUUUGAGAAGUAUAACUGGCCCAACCGGACGGUGCGUGUGUUCACCUUCUCCGUAGGGCAGCACAACUACGAUGUCACGCCCCUGCAGUGGAUGGCCUGCACCAACAAAGGUUACUAUUUUGAGAUCCCUUCCAUCGGAGCCAUCCGCAUCAACACGCAGGAAUAUCUAGAUGUGUUGGGCAGACCCAUGGUACUGGCAGGCAAGGAAGCCAAGCAGGUUCAGUGGACCAACGUGUAUGAGGAUGCACUGGGGCUGGGGUUGGUGGUCACAGGGACUCUCCCUGUUUUCAACCUGACACAGGAUGGUCCUGGGGAGAAAAAGAACCAGCUAAUCCUGGGCGUGAUGGGCAUCGACGUGGCUCUAAAUGACAUCAAGAGGCUGACUCCCAACUACACGCUCGGAGCCAACGGCUAUGUGUUUGCCAUUGACCUGAAUGGCUACGUGUUGCUGCACCCCAAUCUCAGGCCUCAGACCACCAACUUCCGGGAGCCUGUGACUCUGGACUUCUUGGAUGCAGAGCUGGAGGAUGAGAACAAGGAGGAGAUCCGCCGCAGCAUGAUCGAUGGCAACAAGGGCCACAAGCAGAUAAGAACACUGGUCAAGUCCUUGGAUGAGAGGUACAUAGAUGAGGUGAUUCGGAACUACACCUGGGUGCCUAUAAGGAGCACCAACUACAGCCUAGGGCUGGUGCUUCCACCCUACGGCAGCUUCUACCUCCAAGCCAACCUCAGCGACCAGAUCCUGCAGGUCAAGUUGCCAAUCAGCAAACUGAAGGAUUUUGAGUUCCUGCUCCCCAGCAGCUUUGAGUCUGAAGGACAUGUUUUCAUUGCUCCCAGAGAGUAUUGCAAGGACCUGAAUGCCUCAGACAACAACACCGAAUUUCUGAAAAACUUCAUUGAGCUCAUGGAAAAAGUGACUCCAGACUCCAAGCAGUGCAAUAACUUCCUGCUGCACAACCUGAUCCUGGACACUGGCAUCACGCAGCAGUUGGUGGAGCGCGUGUGGCGAGACCAGGAUCUCAAUACGUACAGCCUGCUGGCCGUGUUCGCUGCCACCGAUGGUGGCAUCACACGUGUCUUCCCCAACAAGGCAGCUGAGGACUGGACAGAGAACCCUGAGCCCUUCAAUGCCAGCUUCUACCGCCGCAGCCUGGACAACCACGGUUUCGUCUUCAAGCCCCCACACCAAGACGCCCUGUUAAGGCCACUGGAGCUGGAGAAUGACACCGUGGGUGUCCUUGUCAGCACAGCCGUGGAGCUCAGCCUAGGCCGACGCACACUGAGACCAGCAGUGGUGGGCGUCAAGCUGGACCUGGAGGCUUGGGCUGAGAAGUUCAAGGUGCUUGCCAGCAACCGGACCCACCAGGACCAGCCUCAGAAGCAGUGCGGUCCCAGCAGCCACUGCGAGAUGGACUGCGAGGUUAACAAUGAGGACCUGCUCUGUGUCCUCAUUGAUGACGGAGGAUUCCUGGUGCUGUCAAACCAGAACCACCAGUGGGACCAGGUUGGCAGGUUCUUCAGUGAGGUGGAUGCCAACCUGAUGCUGGCACUCUACAAUAACUCGUUCUACACCCGCAAGGAGUCUUACGACUACCAGGCAGCUUGUGCCCCUCAGACCCCUGGCAACCUGGGUGCAGCACCUCGGGGUGUCUUUGUGCCCACCAUUGCAGACUUCCUUAACUUGGCCUGGUGGACCUCAGCUGCUGCCUGGUCCUUAUUUCAGCAGCUUCUCUACGGCCUCAUCUACCACAGCUGGUUCCAGGCGGACCCGGCCGAAGCCGAAGGGAGCCCCGAGACGCGCGAGAGCAGCUGCGUGGUGAAGCAGACCCAGUACUACUUUGGCUCGGUGAAUGCCUCCUACAACGCCAUCAUCGACUGCGGAAACUGCAGCAGGCUGUUCCACGCGCAGAGACUGACCAACACCAACCUUCUGUUCGUGGUGGCCGAGAAGCCGCUGUGUAGCCAGUGUGAGGCUGGCCGGCUGCUACAGAAAGAAACACACUGCCCAGCGGACGGCCCGGAGCAGUGUGAGCUGGUGCAGAGACCGCGAUACCGCCGAGGCCCGCACAUCUGCUUCGACUACAACGCGACAGAAGAUACCUCAGACUGUGGCCGCGGAGCCUCCUUCCCACCGUCGCUGGGCGUCCUGGUCUCCCUGCAGCUGCUGCUCCUUCUGGGGCUGCCGCCUCGGCCGCAGCCUCAAGUCCACUCGCUCGCUGCCUCUCGCCGCCUCUGAGUGACCCACACAUACACCCUAAUCCCACCCCCUCCCCCCCCGGGCCCCUCGCCUCUCGCCCACCCUUCCAGCCUACAUCCCCUGCCCUAGAGCCUCUUCUGUCCCUCACUGAAGGACCUGGGCCCUCCCACCCCCACCCCAGAGAGCCUGUGCCUUGGGGCAGGAGAACCCCAAAGGAGGGUGUCGUGGUGUUUGGCACCCAACACUCAUCUCACCGCUGAACUGUCCAAGUGCCCAUAGACCCUGGACUUGACCCCAGUGGGCUGGGAUGGGGAGGCCACAUACACUGGUGCCAAACCAGGUCUCUGCCGCCCACCCUGCCUGGAGGCUUCCUCUGUGUAGGCACCGUUGCUUCUUUUCGGCUGGAUGCCUCUAACCUGGCCCAAACCUAGCUUCCCUGGGAAAAACAGAGAAAGGUGAGAGGGCAGUUUGAGGCCUGUGCGUCAGAGCUGAAAUCCUGGCAGGAGAGAGGUUCUAAGGCAGCCUCCCACAAGUCCUGCUCCUUUCAGGCCUCCAGCCACCAACCCCAUUCCCCCAGCCCUGCAGGUUUCAGGACAAUCUUACGACGACAUCAGUUUAGACAUGCCACGUACACACCUGGACCCCUGAGGGCAGAAACUGGACUCACUAGACAUUCCCCGGAGUUUGCACGCAGACACAGACACACACCAUGGGUGGGUAGGGUGGGACGCUCACAAAGCCUUACACAGGGCAAGAGGUUGGUGGGAGGGUUGGCACCUGCGCACUUCAUCUCCUACUCACCUCCCACCUCUACUCCGAGAUGCAGCCCAGCUGGUCCUCCCGUCUCUGAAGCUGAAUGUCAAACAGUGCCAAAUGCUGGGGCAAGGCAGGGAAGGGCCCGUCUGACCCACCCCUAGCCACCUUUGUCCCCCGACUCCCAAAUACCGUUCACCCUGCCUGGUGCUCAUUGUAAGCAUUUCUCACUAGUGUCACACCCCCCAGCAGAACCACAUGCCACUGCCUGCACCCCUCGGCAGAGGAAUCCCCACCAGACAUUGCCCUUUGCCUUAGCAGGGGUGACUUGGUCUCUUUUGGCUGGGCCAUCCCACCCAUUAUCUGGCCCUUAUACACUCAGGCCUAUGCCCACUCCCUCUGUCCUUCCACUUCCACACACACACACACCCCUUGUCACCUUCAGGAGGCCAAAUUGCCCUUCCCCCUGCUGAGCACACACUUGCGCGUGCACACACACACACACACAUACAACUUGCACACAGAGGCUGGCCUGGGCACAUCUCUUCACACCAUCCAUUCUGGUCAUUUCCCCCGAAGGUAUCCCAACCUGGGGGCCAGUAGGGGACCAAGGGCAGGGGGAUGUAGCCAUGAGGCUCAGAUGGACUGGGAGGAGGGGGAAGGGUGAUGCAUUAAUUAAUGGCUUCGUUAAUUAAUGUCACGUUGCUUGUCGCUUUCUCAGUAUGUGUAUGGUCCGUGCCUACUGCUGGUGCCAGGGUGGGCGCCCAUGAGGCGUGCCCAGCCUGAUGUCAGCUGUGUCCUGUGGGGGCGCGUGUGUUAACUGUAGUGUAGUCAGGUGCUCAAUGGAGAAUAUAAACAUAAAAAAAGAAACAAACAUAUACAGAAAAGUAAAUAUAUAUUUUAAGUUUAAAAAACAGGAAAAAAAAACAGACAAAACAAUCCCAAUAGUUGUCCAACCCCCAGCUGGGUCCAAUCCUUCUCAUCACCCACCUGACCUAGCUCCCCUCACUUUCGACCUGGAGGAACUGGGGGGGCCAUUUCCUUUUCUCUGCUCCCUUUUUUUUUGUUGUUGUUCUAUUUUGUACAGACAAGUCGGAAAAACAACAGCGACAAAAGUCAAGAACCUUUGUAAAAUACCGUGUGUGUGAUUCCUUGUAAAAUAUUUUCAAAUGGUUUAUUACAGAAGAUCAGUUAUUAAAUAAUGUUCAUAUUUUCACUUCCAA